AUGGUAAGUUUGUUCUAUUCUUUUUUCAAGUCCCUAAUUGGGAAGGAUGUAGUCGUAGAAUUAAAAAAUGACCUUAGCAUUUGUGGUACUCUACACUCUGUAGAUCAAUACCUGAAUAUUAAGCUAACUGAUAUAAGUGUAACUGAUCCAGAUAAAUAUCCUCACAUGUUGUCGGUAAAAAAUUGCUUCAUUAGAGGAUCAGUAGUACGUUAUGUACAAUUGCCAGGAGAUGAAGUGGAUACUCAACUAUUACAGGAUGCUGCACGUAAAGAAGCAGCAGUUCAAGCAAGAUAGUUUAUAAUGUUAUUAGAUACAAAAAUAUUGAUUUAUUUUUUAUUAUUAAA